AGAAAGGGACACCUGCCUUAUACCUUAUCUUUUUCUCUCCCUUCCUCUCCCACCCAUUCUUCUCUUUUAUAGAUGACUUUAUUUAAGCAUGGUUUUUAAAGCUUCGGGAUAUGAUCAAAGCAGCAGAUUGAUUUCAAAAACAGGAUAGCAUCUUAUAUUUGAUUAGUUGUUGGCACAUUCUGGAUCAGAGAUACAUACAUACAUUAGAGAUAUAUACUUAUGUUUAAUUCCUUGUAAGUUCUUUGGAAUUGCUUAGAUAUUCCAAAAGUUGUGGUUAGCCCUACUGCAGUUAAGCUGUUUACAUUUAAAUUUAGCAUUUAGAAAAGCAAAUUGCCAUCUCUAGAAUGUAGAGCGCCCAAAGAAAUAUGACCUAGGGCAGUCUCUUAAUUUGUACUUGUAUUUUAUGGGCUGCACCAGGUUUUGUCCCAUCUGUCGCACCAGUUCUUUGUUUGGGGCUGUUAUUAUUAUUAUUUAAACAUGUCUGUUUAUGAAACUAGUUCCUGUUAAAGAAUUAACAUAUAUUUUUUAAAAAUAGACUUCCCUACCUGAUGAGAUCGUUAUUUGCCCUGCCUUCAACUCUGAGAGCAAAUGAGAUACAAAGAAUCUCUGAGCUAUUUUAAGCCUUAUUGCAUGGCCUUUGCUACCCUCGAUCUGGCAGGCCUCCCUUUUUGUGUAUUAAUCAAAUCUGUCUGCCGCUCUCCCUCUAUAACCAGCUGUAUAACUGAUCAAGCUUCCAAUAUGGAAUGGACUAUCGUGGAGCCUUUGUGGGCAUAGUGGGGGGUUGGGAAAAUCUGGCAUGUUUAUGGAUGAUUGCUCUGGAGAGCUAUGUAGCUGUUGCUGAACUGACAUGUGUGCUUUUGUCCAGGGAGUGAAAGAGUUUCUUGCAAAAGCCAAAGAAGAAUUCCUUAAGAAAUGGGAGAAUCCAUCACAGAACACAUCCAGUUUGGAUCAUUUCGACCGGCUCAAGACCCUGGGUACAGGCUCUUUCGGAAGGGUGAUGCUUGUGAAGCACAAGGACUCUGGAAAUUAUUUUGCCAUGAAAAUCCUUGAUAAGCAGAAAGUUGUUAAACUGAAGCAGAUUGAGCACACCCUCAAUGAAAAACGCAUUCUUCAGGCUGUGAACUUCCCAUUCCUUGUCAGGCUAGAGUAUUCUUUCAAGGAUAAUACAAAUCUGUACAUGGUGAUGGAAUACAUCCCAGGUGGUGAGAUGUUCUCCCACCUACGACGGAUUGGCAGGUUCAGUGAACCUCAUGCCCGGUUCUAUGCCGCUCAGAUUGUGUUGACUUUUGAGUACCUGCACUCACUAGAUCUUAUCUACCGAGACUUGAAGCCUGAAAAUCUCCUCAUUGACCAGCAGGGCUAUAUUGAGGUAGCACUAUUUCAUAUCAAUUUCACACUCAUAUUCAGCACUCUUAAGAAUUAUUACCCAUGUCAAUAGUCUGGGACAGUGAACAUUAAGU